AUGGCGUUUCUCAGGCCGCCAAUUCUGCGCCCUUGCCGCCUCACCACCAGCGCUUUCGCAUCCACAUCUCGCCUCACCCUCCACUCCCCCUCUCCCAACCCCUCUCCCAUCCCCUCUCCCAACCCCUCCACCACCUCCACCUCCGCAACCUUCAGCACCACACCCCUCGCCUCCGUCGGUCAACGACUCCCCGCCACCUUUGUCGAUUUAAAGAAAGCCGAAAAGUAUCGCAACUACGUUCGUCGCCUCAAAUGCGCCAAAUACGUCCUGGUCUCCAACCUUCCCACCACCGCCACCCCCACCGACCUCCGUUCCCUCGCCUUCGGUCAAAAAACAUUUAACGACGUCUCCCGUAUCGAAUACAUCUAUACCAGGUCCCUUAGUCCUUCCUCCAAAGCCAUUGUUUCCUUCUCUUCCCCCAUUCACUCUCAUGAUUACGAGUCUCAUGUACAUGGUCGUAUAUUGGGAGGCAAACAGCUAUCUGCUUCUCUAUACACACCUGAUGACCGCGUUAGACUCCUUCAAAGGACCUACGCCAGCUGGCCGCAAGAAUAUCAACUCCCACUGGACUUGAUAGAGUAUGAAGGUGGCAAGCUCGUCUUGUUGAACAAUAUCCCGCAAGAGACAACCGAAGCGAGACUAGAGGAGAGGUUAGCGGUCAGGUAUGAUUUAAAACCGCAAGAUCGAUGGAGAGGGAAGAGGGAAAGUUAUGCCGGCUGGGAAAUAGAUAAGAAGGGUUAUGGCGGAAGUCAUGAUGCAGUGUUGGGCGGCGUGUUCAAGUUGCCCAAAUGGCAUCCGGAUGCUACUACGACCGCGUUUUUGGUUAGGUGUCAAACAGCGGUUGAGGCGAUGAGGUUGGUUAGGAGAUGGCAUAAUACUUUCUUCGCUCCAGCGACGUUUGAUAUUCAGGUUACUGGCGGACGCUUUAAGCUUUCUGCUAGUGUCUUGUACUAG